AUGCAAAUCUUCAUGAAAACCCUAACCAGCAGAACGAUCACUCUCGAAGUCGAGAGCUCCGACACAAUCGACAAUGUGAAGGCGAAGAUCCAAGAAAAUGAAGGAAUCCCGCCGGAUCAGCAGCGACUGAUCUUCACGGGGAAGCAGUUGGAGGACGGCAGAACACUAGCUGAUUACAACAUUCAGAAGGAGUCCAUGCUCCAUCUCGUCCUCCGCCUCUGCGGCGGCUCCGGCAGCACGUGGUGGAUCCCGUUCGUGGCCAAUCACCUGUUGAAGAAGAUCACCCAGCUAAACGAGAUCUCCAAGAAGGAAUUGAUCAAGAUGUGGUCUAGGGGUUUGACCAUCAUCCCUGAAAUGGUGGGGCACAGGGUUGCCGUCUACGACGGCCGGAAGCACAUGCCGUUUCGUAUAUCGGAGAAUAUGGUGGGCCAUAAAUUGGGGAAAUUGAGGCCGUGGCAUCACAAUCGGAAGGAGGUUCAUGCCAGCGCCAAGGUUGCCACCACAAAGAAGAAGUAA